CAAUCAGUUCAACAAAGGUGGCCUUCGGUAUCCUAUCAUGAAUGACGGGUACUCCAAGGUACCGCCCCAGAUUUUUGGUCUCCGGGAUAUUGAGGUUUUCUUAUAUUUCCUUUGCCAAUGUAGCCGAGACAUUCUUUGAGAAGAAUAUCCUGGAUUUGGGCUUGCUAACCUGCUAACCUGAGGCAGCUCCAAAUUGCUCCAGGCAUCUCGUAAUCGCAUGAACCUGCUGUAUCAAAGCUUUGCCGAAUAAAAUUAAAUCAUCAGCAAAGAAUGAGCGGGAUAGAUCCGGACCUGAGCUCGAGUGCUCGACAACUUGAUGGGUCUCCAGGAACCCUCUGCUACUGCAGCCUUGAUGACAUGACUCAGUCUCUCCAUGCACAGGGUGAAGAGAUAUGGGGACAACGGACAUCCCUAGCGGAGACCUCGAGAGGGGACAAAGCUCUCCGUCAAGCCCCCGUUCCACUGUAUUCUCAUGCUCGCCGAAGUAAUGCACUACAUUUCCAAAUUGACAAAGCUCGAGGAGACACCAACGGACAUGAGUGUCUCUUGCACGAAAGUCCAACGUAUUCGAUCAUAAGCUUUGGCGAGGUCAAUAUUCAGGACCAUCCAGCCCUGCUUCCCCUGUUUAGCUCCCAUGGAGUGAACAACUUCCUGCAAAAUGAAAAUAUUGUCAGUAAUAUGCCUGCCCGAGACAAAGCUCGUCUAGGUCUCAUCCACAACUCUGGACAUGAGAGUUUUCAUCCUCUCCGGCAAGCACUUCGUUAUGAUCUUGUAAGUAACGUUGCAUAGGCUUAUAGGCAUGUACUGCUCGAUCAGGGAGGGACGAUUCACCUUGGGAAUCAGGCAAAGGAUAGUGUCAUUAACCUCCUCCACUUGUGAUGGGUCAUUCCAACACUUUUGAGCAAAGUCGACAACACCCGGUCCCACUAAAUCCCAGAAACGUUGAAAUAAUAAAGGGCUUAGUCUGUCACUACCAGGAGCCUUUAACGAACCCAUUCCCAUAACAGCUUGGCGAAUCUCUUCCUCUUUGAAAUUAUACGAAAUGAUAGCCCAAUCUGCCUCUGCCAGGGAGGGGAAGGCAUGGAUGGGUAAGUGGCUGCCCCGGCUCGUUCAAAGAACUUUCUAAUUCACAAAUAGUUCAUGGUUAAUUUUGAUUGAAUUGGGAGAUCAAUCUGGUUAGUAACUACUAACUACCUAUGAAACAAUUAUCUAUUUUAUGAUGUGAUCAUUUUAAGCAAAAGGUUUUAAUACAGUCGGAUAAUCUCUUUAUGAAAGAGAGAUAGUUAAAUAUUGUGUUCAUGAAAUCAGAAAAUUAUCAUAAUAAAAUUUAUGUUGUAUCAGCAAAACCUCUAUACUUUGCAAUCCUAAAUCAAGAAAUUCGUCGCCAUAACCCCAAAAUUCAAUCAAUCUAAUCCGAUUUAGAUCAUAAAUUCACUAAAGCGAAUCGCAUAUAGGUCUAGAGCACCUAUCAGUACUAGAGUUGCAAACUGACUAGAGUUGAUAAGAUAAGUGGUUCAAGAUGCUAUUUCGAAGUUUUUAAUUAGUCAUUCAAUUCCACUACUUAUAUUAGUUACUUGCAUCGAUCCUUGUGCUUAUGUUUAAGUUAUGUGUUCACAAGCUCUCAUGCUGAAUUAAGUUCAUUCAUGUUCAGUUAUCUAAAUUAAAUAAGCUAAAUUUGGAGGUAAACAUGUAUAAGUCAUAUAUUAAGCAAUGUCAUAAUACAUCAGUAAAUAUGUUAAACAAUCAAGUACAAGAUAAUAAGUUGAACCAAUUAAUAGAUUUAGAUCUCUUAUUGGGAAAUCAUUCUAAGAAACUCGACUUACUAUCUUCAGCAAGUCACUAUUGUGUGGGAGACUAUUGAGAUCAAACAUGAACUGCAAGUGAAGUUAAGAACAAGUUUAAUCCAAGAAAGAAGUUAAAAAAAAAAACCCCCAAUGGCUGGGAAGCACUCUGGAACAGGGGAAUUGGAGUUAUGAAUUGAUAGCUCCAUUCCAUUCCAUUCCCUUUGGUCCUUUCGCACCUUUCCUUUUACGAUUCCACAGCCAAAUUCCAGCUAAUUAAUGUCAUAUUGUCAU